GUGUGCUGAUUGACUGAUUCGAUUCCAUGAUUAAUUUUUUAUUGAUUUAGCUACCUGAUUUACCCAAAUUCAAUGAUUCAUAUCUGAUUUCAGCUUGACUCAAGGAGAGGCUGUGUAUUUAACUUUACCAUAAAGAGAGUUUGAAAAGGUGAAGAGUCCUGUGAAGGAUUAGCAGUAGUGCUGGAACCCACUCCAGCUGGAACAAUAGUUUAGAGAAGGAACAGUUGCUGCUAUCAGCCUGUUAUGUCUUUUGAAGUUGAUCAAGUCGUAUUAGAAAAUGAUCAGCUGCUAACACCUGCGGCUCGAGAUGAAGCAAGACUUGAACGGAUAUUGUAUCAAAGAAGGUCUGUGACUCCAAUUAAAGAUGAUGUCAAUGAAGAUGAAAAUUCAUCUGCAGUAAACUCAAGGGUGUGUAUAUUCAUCAACAAGACGCUAAAGAUGAUGUGGCUAUUAUUCUUUGCAGUUUUAUUGAUAUUUCUAUUCCUAGUACUUGUUGAAUUUUUUGAAUUCUGUUUGGGUUAUUGCAGUAAUAGACAAGCUUGUUCCCGCUCCCCAUUAAGAAUGAUUCUUGGACAGUACAUUCAGUAUACACACACUGGUGAAGUGCCUGUAUGACUAUAUUGACUUGUUAUUAAUCAAUGAUAAUCAUUA